AUGACGCCUGCCACACCCCCAAGGUCGAGAAGUACAAGAUAUUCAAAGGAGCUUGAUAAGAAUGGAUCACUUCUUAAAACUCCCCAUAGGGGUGCGACAGAGGUUAGCCAAUGUGGUGGUCCAAUUACUCCAGGGUCGAUAACCCGUAAGCCUGUGAUGCUACUAGGGAAUGCACUUGUUCCCGAUCUUCGUUCUGAGCGUGUUAUAACAUCUCCUUCGAAGUGUUUAAAAUCACCUGAAUAUACUCCCCGCAGGUCUCGCCACCGAAGGCGCUCAGGCAUUCUUGAUGCUGAAUUGCCAUCCACAAAUCGUGUUUUGUUUCCGGUGAAUUUGAAAGACAGUCUGAUACCGUCGGGUAGGCUGGGUGGGAAAAAACCUUGUGCUUCUAAACUGCUAUCAUAUGAGAAUGGUGUCAAAUCUACAUCGCCUGAAGUUACGUCGUUACUGCUAUCCCCAAAGAGGGCUGGCGUUUUUAGUUCCGGCAUAGAGUGUGAAAACGACGGCGAUUCUGAGGCACACGAUCCUGAUGAAACGUGCUGGGACAAUACACAUAAACGGAAAUAUGCGAAGCAUACGCCUGGAACGCCUACCGAUAAGCUGAUAUCAUUUCAACUUGCUAAAGAUUGGAAUAACAAUUCUGCAUUUCUUUCCUCCUCUGAAGAAGAACACGAACCUAUCAAUGUCAAAAAAAUCAAGUUACCGAAUCCAUUUCUAUCUGAUGAAUUUGCAAACUUUGCAUUGAGGAGACAGCGGGGUAGGCAGCUUUUACUUGAUAAUCCCGAUAUUGAGUCAACUGUGACUCUCGUAAAUAAGAAAGGAAAAGUCGUCGAGAAACGGGAAUUAACGCCUGAUGAAUUAGAUCGGUUUAAACCGAAAAUGUUAUUUUUAAAGGAGUUAGAGGAUGAAAAUGAGAAGCACAUAGAAGAACAAGGCAAGUGUCUGCAAUAA